AUGCGCUACUCACUCCUCGCCCUCGGUGCAGGCAGCAUGGCCGUGGCCAUGUUCACUAACACGACGGACAGCCCAGCUGCUGACAAGGCUGUUGCCAACACUAUGCCCCCGGCUGUUGGAGAUUACGAGCUUUUUGGAUGCGCUCUCGCCGACGAGGGCAUCAAAAGCCUUUCCAAGGUCGCAUCUACCAAAGACAUGGACGUCGAUUUUUGCGGCGCCAGUUGCCAGUCCAAGUUCAUGGCUGUCAGUGGAAAUGACUGCUUCUGCGGUGAGACAGCAGACACCGCGCAGAAGGUCGACGCGGCCAUGUGCAACAGCCCCUGCCCGGGCAACCAGGCUCAGUCAUGCGGCGGCAACGGCGGCAACACACGUCGCGAUGCCGUCGCUGCCGCUCCCGCUCCCAUGAAGGCCGUCUCCAUGUACGUGCGUGCGAAAGCUGGCGAGGCCGGUGGUCCCAUCACCCGGACUGUCACUCGCGUCGACGUUGCUACCAUCACCAAAUGCCACCCGACUGUCACCAACUGCCCAGCCAGCAAGGCUACGCAAGUCGUGACCCAGGUCGUCGACGCCUGCCCCCGUCAACCCCAGGCGAUUGAGUGGCACAAGAAGAAGAUUAUCUGCUACGGCGGCCACUGCGCCCACGAGGUCCCUUGCGAGUGCCAGAAGCAGCGCGUCGUCUGCGACGGCGCCAAGUGCCAUUCUGAAUAUUCCCACAGCAAGGAAUGGAGCAGCCUUGUCGUUUGCAAGGGCGACGACUGCAAGUGGUCCACGUCCGACGAUAACCGCUGGUACGAGGAGAAGAUUGUCUGCUACGGCGGCAAGUGCGCCUGGGAGAAGUGCCACAGCGACGAGUGCCACAAGAAGCUCGUCUGCAGGGGCGACGAGUGCAAGCACGAGAAGUGCUCCGGCGACGAAUGCCACAAGAAGUUCAUCUGCGACCACAAGGGAGAUCACUGCAAGCCCGCUGCCCCGUGCAGUGGACAAUGCCCCAAGCCGCCUCCUCCGUGCCACGACAAGUGCGCCAAGCAGCCUCCCCCUCCCUGCCACGGCGAGAGCUGCAAGGCCGUCCCCUGCAGCGGCCACAACUGCGCGAAGCCAGUCCAUCCUACUGCCACUGGCAGCAUCUACCCUCACCAUGUUCCCACGAGCCCUCCCAUUGUUGGUGGCGCCGGCAGCAUGGUUGCCAAUGUCAUUGGUGUGGCUGCCGGCCUCCUCUUCAUCCUGUAA